AUGCACAUCAUAAAACUUGCUGUUAGGUGCCCGUACGAUACCUUGCUCCAGAAACACUUCAGACACGAAGCUAUACAACAAAAACUGAUGUUUGGACUUUCGGGAUUUAUAUGUGGGAGGUGA